AACCUGUGGCGAUCUGUUGUCGUACAGCGGGAAAACAGGAACUGGCAGUCUAUUGCGCCAUAGAUGCUUGCACACGACUAACGGUAAGUUUUGGAUCUGAUAUUCACGCACGCCCCCUCACACUGCCACGCGUGUUCAGAGCGGGUAGCUCUGUUGUUGUCAUCGCCACCGCUUGUCCUAGUGCUGUGAUAUGUGCUCUGCAAUUUGCAUUUUGGUUAGAUAAUUGUGUCAAUGCAGUCGAAUUGGUCAAUUCGACACUGGUUACUAAAAUUGAUUCUUUCAUUUUCGAGCACCAUGGUGUCUGCUGAGGGUAUUCGGGCUGCGAACAAUUAGUAGUGUUAGAGGUCGUCGAAUAAUUGAGACCCAGAAAAGAAUGCUGCUUUGUUAAUUGGUUAUAAAAAUGGAAAUGUGUCGUUCAGUGUUUUGUAAUAACUUAUAGGAUUUAGUUAUGUGCUGUUUAGAUUUAUUUAUUUUCUUUGUUUUGCUUGAUUGAAACGUGUCGUUUCGCAACACUGUUUCUCGGCCGCAUUUUCCAACACCGGCGCCAACAACGCUAACAUCGCUAUUGCGUUUUUGUGGGAAAAAAUUAGAAUUGAGAAAGUUAUUUUGUAAAAAAAACGUUCCAAAAUGCCUAAAGGUCGCGUUAGCAGUGUUUGGCAGCAUUACGAUAUCAACGAGGAGUGCGAAAACUUUGCAGUUUGUCGCUAUUGCGGCAAUAAUAUAUCGCGUGGUGGCAUGGCCAGCAACCUGAAGGGAAACAACACCACCAAUCUGUGGACACACUUGAGGCACAAGCACGCCGAUGAGGUGCUGGUCAAUCCCAUACAACAACGCCCCAUUAGCCGACCUGCAGUUAUAACUUUAAAGAAAGAAAAAACUUCGCGCAUCGCCAAGGCUAAAGUUGUGCGGGAGCCGCUUCGGGUUGCGAAACCAAAAGUCGAUGUGCAUGCAUCCAUAGCUGGUGCGCUGCCCCAGAAGUGGGAGGAGUACGAGCAAAACGACGAGGUCAGCGAGGACAUCAAGGACAUUAUAUACAGUGAGGAUCCGCUCUGCUACAGUCCCAUACAAGUGGUCGAGGAUGAGAUGCUAGAUGCUGGCGAAAAAGUCACCGUGGUGAGCAGCAGCAGGGCAACUACCAAUCCGGUUGUUGCUACCGUGGUCUCAGCUCCCACAAGCGCUGCAAAAACAUUGAAAAACAACUUGGAAACAUCCAUUGAACGGCUGACCACGGUCAGCGAGCAGCUAAGCUACGUCAUUCAGCAGCAACAGGAGGAGCAGCAGCUCAAGGAUGAUGACUAUUAUUUUGCGUUAAGCCUGGUACCCAUUAUGCGACAGCUGUCGGUGAGCCGUAAGCUUUUUGUCCGCUCGAAAAUCCAUGAAAUUUUGUACAAAGAGAGUGAGGAGACUAGGACUAAAACUGAAUAAUAGAACAAGCUAAAAACUACGGAUAUACAUAAAUCAUUUUAAACUUACCCAAGCUGAAGAAGAAGAAGAAUCAAUACAAAAAGAGAAAAAAAAAAAAACAAACACAAAAAUGUAACAUUUAUCUUAUCAACAACUAUUCAUAUAGGCUAAAAUGUUUAUAUGUACGUUUGUUAACGUACCGUUUGCAAUUCUUAGUUGGAACAUAUAAUUAAUAAGCACAUAUGUUGAGACGAAUUCGUAUUGAUAAUUUAGCAUGUAUGUAUGUAUUCAAAUAUUUAAUGCAAAACUCUUACAAAACGCUAAUAAAUUUACCUAAGACCUCCAAAGUAGAU